AUGGAUUGUUUGCCGGAAAUAGUGAUUUUGAAAGUAUUUUCUUUUUUGCCUGUUGCGGACUUGGGAAGAGUAGCCAAAGUCUGUAGUGACUGGCGACGCCUGGCAUAUGACCAUUCAUUAUGGAAAGCUGUGAAUGUGAAACGACAAGCCACAAAGCUCGACGAAGAGACUCUGCACAUGCUCAUAAGGACAAGAUUUUCUCAUUCCCUUUCAAUUCUUCAUUUAGGCGGAUGUAAAGUUUCGCUGGAGUUACUGAGUGAAUUAAACAGAAAAUGCAAAAGUUUGAAAUACUUGAUAUUCAGUCGCGGAUCAAAGCUACGGCCACCAAGCCCGCCUCCAAAGUACACAGAAAUCACAUACGAGUUCCCUUCGCAGCUAGAACUGGUGGAACUGAGGCCUGUUAAAGGGGAUUUCAGUUUCCUUGGUCGGAUAGCAAGACACUUCUGCGAGGUAAAAUACCUGGGUAUUGGAAAUAAUUCUUCAAAAGGUGCGGUCCCCUCUAUGUUCACCAAGAUGCAAAGGCUAGUCAUCCUUGACUGCACAAACUGCGACACAAUCACAGAUGAUGUUAUCGGUAAAGUGGCCGAAUGCUGCCCUCUUUUAGAAUCAUUUUGUUUAAACGGAUGCAAGUACGUUUACGGACGAACAUUUUGCACGUUAUUUCGAUCGUGUUCGCGAUUGCGCACUCUGCUUCUCCGUUAUACUCCGGUGCGUGAUGACUGUUUCGUGAUUCCAGAGUGGAAGUACGUGCCAGUAGAGGAACUCGACAUUUCGGCUUGCUCAAACAUUACGCAGAUAGGGCUUCUCAGUUUAGUCACCAAUGUGAAAACGUUGAAGUAUCUCAACUUGUCCUACUGCGGUGUUGGACGCGCAGUCACUGACGCUGUACUGCUGCAGAUAGCAAGACAGGAGACAGGAACAUUCCUAGAAAUGCUGGACGUACGAUGGAGUUUAACACUUACGCCCGAGGCACUAUACAUUCUAUCGCGAUCUUGCCCCAGGCUGAAAUGCUUAGGAGUAUAUCAGUCUUCUAACAUCAACCCAUCCGCUAUGGCAGAGGUUUUAAGGAUGCUACCGAAGUUGCAGAUUCUGGAAUAUGGAGCUUUCGGCAAGGCCAGCCUUUCCGAGAGCAUGUUUAUUCCAAAUAUGAUUCGUCAUUGUCAAUUUAUCGAAGCAAUCUCGCUGAUAAACUUCGCUUCAAUGGACUCUGUCGCAGAUGCAGUGCUAAUAAAUGCCUUGGUGGAGAACAGCAAGUUUCUAAAACGUAUAAAUCUAUGCGAGCCCGAUCCAACGUUGCUAGAUUUAGUGCAAGAAUUGCCUCCGACCACCAAGGCAAAGGUGACUCAAAGAUGGCAGUGCGUGCUACCACCGCCCGACCAUACUUUGGAUGCGAUUAUUGCUAGGCUAAAAUACAACCCUCCUCACCCCCCACAUUAA